UUAUGGAGCAGCAAAGCGGAUGCCAUGAAUAGUCAGUCAUUCCAACCAAAGAUUUGACUGUUUUUUUUUUUAGUUAAUCUGUGUUCGACAACAACUACAAUUGAAACAACAACAACGACGACGACGGCGAUGAUGAUGAUGAUUAUUAUUAUGGACAUAGAGUCAUAGUCAUGCAUACAUGCUGCUGCUGCUGCCGCUUUAUGUUUUGUAAAGAUAUCAUUCAUAUAUCCAUCAUCAUCAUCAUUGUUUCAUUCAUUCAUUCAUCGUUUAAUAUUUAAUUUCUAGCCAUAUAUACACAAAACACAUAUUGGACCUGCCUGGUGAUGUGUUUAAUAUAUAAUAUAUAAUUGCCAGUUGUUAUUGUUGUUGUUCGGUUUGUAUUUUGAUGUUGAUGAUGAUGAUAACAAUACUUCAAUUGAAUGUUGUUUGUAUAUUAUGGAUUAUAAUGUAACCUCAACCAUACAACGCCAAUUGAUAUAAUUGUCGAUUAGUGUGUUGUUUGCUGUGUGUGUGUGUGUGUGUGUGUGUUAUAAGUGCCUUCAAGACCAUCUCUCCAUUUAUUGGUGGUGAUAUUUGUGUGGUUGUCUUUUUUUUUUCUUCUGAUCAACUCAUCACCAUCAUCAUUCAAAUCAUUGCAUCGGAUCGAUGAUUUUUUUUUCUAUUAUUAACCAACGCGCCGCACAUAAUUUGUGUGAUUCAUCAUCAUCAUCAUCAUCAUCAUCAUUCGCAUUUUAUUGAUGAUGUUUGUUACUUUUUUUCAUUUAAUUUCUCUUUCUUCAAAUUUGUCACCAGGUUUUUGAUUUCAUUUGUUUUUUUGUGUUUAUAUAUGUGUGUGUUUGGUGUGGUUAUGCAAUACAAUAACGACAUCAAUAACAAAUCUUGCUGAUAUAUUGCUGUUGUUAGUUAUUUUAUUGAUGGUUUAUGAUUAUUGCUUGUUUUUUUUCCGUUGCACCGUGUGUGAUUAAUGGUGAUUUUAUUUCAAUUAUAAUAAUCAUUCCAAAUCACAUCAAAAAAAAAAACAUUCCUAUACAUUACCAACAAAAACAUUUUGGCCAACCAAUAUAUUAUCAACAACAACAACAACAACAGGAAAAAAAAUUUCCAUUCCAAUCUAAUUAUAGAAAAUUCAAUCUUUUCCAAACAAACAAUUAAUCGAUUAUAAAUCGAUCAUUCCAAAAAAAAACAUCCAUAUAUAGAAUAUUUUUUUUUUCGUUUUUGUGUUCCAAUUAUUUAGUGUCGAUAAUUAUCGUUAUUUUUUGCCAAAAAAAAAGAAAAGAAAAACUUGAAUAAAGAAUGGAUACUUUGACAGCCAAUUUGGAAACACUUUCAUUGAGUGAAGAACAGACCGAUAGUAUUGAAAAUAUUUUCAGUAAGAAUCGAACAUUAGAUGCCAAUGCAUUAAAAGAUGCAUUAGAUAUUGUUGGCUUUAAAUUGCCAUUAUGGCGUGUACGAAUAUUGAUUGAAGAUAUUGAUAAGAAAAAAUCAUUCAAUUUGGAAAAAGGUCGCCUUACAAGAGAAGAAUUUGUUAAAUUAUGUACGGAUCUAAGGGCACAGGAUGUAGCCAAUUCAUUUAAAUCAUCCAUAUCGAAACGUGGCAAUCUAGAAACACUGGGUGGCAUGUCGGAAGCCAGUUCCUCCGGUACAACGCAUUCCGUUAGACACGAAGAACAAGUGGCCUUUUCUGAUUGGAUUAAUACACAUUUAUCAUGCGAUUCAGAUUUAAAAUCCUUAUUGCCAAUCGAUCUUGAAGGUAAAACAUUAUAUGAUAAAGUAAAAGAUGGUAUACUUCUCUGUAAAAUCAUCAACCAUUCAUGUCCGGAUACCAUUGAUGAACGUGCCAUAAAUAAGAAAAAUCUAACACUUUAUACCAAACAUGAAAAUCUAACAUUGGCUUUGAAUUCGGCUCAGGCUAUCGGUUGCAAUAUAAUCAAUAUUGAUGCACAUGACCUUUCAAAAGGAAGGCCACAUUUGGUACUUGGAUUGUUAUGGCAAAUUAUUCGUAUCGGCCUAUUCAAUCAGAUUACCAUUGAACACUGCCCCGGCCUGGUUAAUCUUUUGAACGAUAAUGAAGAGAUGGCUGAUCUUUUGAAAUUAUCACCCGAAGAGAUACUAAUUCGAUGGGUGAAUUAUCAAUUGGAAAAGGCCAAUGUUGAUCGACGAAUUUCGAAUUUCACCAAUGACAUUAAAGAUUCAGAAGUAUACACUCAUCUAUUGUAUCAGAUUGCACCACAGGAAAAAAAUGUCAACAAAGAUGCAUUACGUGAACGUGACAUGUUAGAAAAGGCCGAAAUGAUGUUAAAACAGGCAGAUAAAUUGGGCUGCCGUAGUUUUCUGACACCACAAAACGUGGUGGAUGGAGUGUACAAAUUGAACGUUGCUUUCGUUGCCAAUCUUUUCAAUAAUUAUCCUGGUUUGGAUACGCCCGAAAAUAUUGAACCAUUAGAAACAAUUGAAGAAACGCGCGAAGAGAAAACUUAUCGAAAUUGGAUGAAUUCUAUGGGUGUGGAUCCCUAUGUUAAUUGGCUAUAUAGCGAUCUAGCUGAUGGUAAAAUUAUUUUCCAGCUUUUCGAUAUUAUUCAACCAGGUAUCGUGAAUUGGUCACGUGUACAUCAAACAUUUAGCAAAUUGAAAUAUUUUAUGGAAAAAAUUGAAAAUUGCAAUUAUGCCGUACAACUUGGUAAAGAAUUAAAAUUUUCAUUGGUCGGUAUUGCUGGCCAAGAUAUUUCCGAAGGUAAUCCAACAUUGACUCUUGCAUUGGUAUGGCAAUUGAUGCGUGCAUAUACUUUGUCCAUUCUAUCGAAAUUAACCAAUCAUGAUUCGAAUGGUUCAUCACCGAAUGCCAUUGUUGAAAAUGAAAUCAUCGAUUGGAGCAAUAAAAAGUUACGUGAAGCGGGUAAAUCAUCUGCGAUUAAAAAUUUUCAAGAUUCAUCCAUUUCGACAGCCAUUCCUGUCAUUGAUCUCAUUGAGGCCAUUAAACCAGGAUCAAUUAAUUAUAGCCAAAUAUAUGAAGGCUCAACACAUGAGGAAAAAUUGGCCAAUGCAAAAUAUGCCAUAUCGAUGGCAAGAAAAAUCGGUGCCCGUAUCUAUGCAUUACCGGAAGAUAUUGCUGAAGUGAAAAGUAAAAUGGUUAUGACAGUUUUUGCUUGUUUGAUGGCACGAGAUUAUAUUCCAAAUAUGGGCAAAGCUGUUGAUCCUCUCAACAACAACAACAACAACAACAGCGACAAUAACCAUGUUGAAUGAUGAUGAUAAAAUAAUUAUAUAAGCCUAAUUUUUAUAAGCAUUUACUUGAUUUUUUGGUAAUAAAUCUAUUAUAUAUAUUGA